AAAGAAAAAGAAAAAGAAAGAAAAAGGAAAAGGAAAAAAAAGGAAAAGAAAAAGAAAAAGGAAAUGAAGAUUGGUUGAAUGAAUGAAUGAAUGAAUUAUUAGUUUGUUGUUAGUAAGAUUUGGUAAGAAAGAGUGUGUAUAUAUAUAGGUAAAGAGAGUGAAAGAAGAGGAAAAAUGAGUGAGAAAGGAAAGGAGAUAGAGAGAGUAGUAGUUGAGAAGGAAAUAAAAAAAGGAAAAAUGAGUGAGAUGGAAGGGGAUGAGAGGGAGAUGAUUGAUCACUGGAGCCACGAGCAUCCACUUAGUUUAGUGGAUACUCGUGGAGGAGAAUACUGUUACGGUUGUGAAGUGCGGUUUGGCAGUGGAGAGAAGAAAGCUUAUGGAUGCAGCGUGGAGGGAUGCGAGUACGCAAACCUAUUACACGAAGAAUGUGCAGCGAUGGCGAGAGAGAUACGGCAUCCAUUGCACCACCCUCACCACAUCCUCAUCCAGCAACACCAGCCCAAAAUUCACAGCUGUGACAUCUGUAAACAGAGAAUUCUGUCCAUUGUGUACAGGUGUAGCUUCCGUGGUAAUGGUGAUGAGCUAAUGCUCAACUUCGAUAUCAUACAGCAUUCAAGUCAUCCCAACCAUGAGUUGGAGUUGUUGCAGAGAAGGUCCACCUUUGAGUGCAAUGCUUGCGACACCAUACACACCGGGAUUUGGUUCGUGUGCACCACAGAUGGCUGUGGAUAUCGGAUCCACCAGAUAUGUGCUUCCUUGCCUCAAAUUAUGAAAAGGGGAGACCAUCUUCACCCUCUUUCUCUCUCUUUUGCACAGCAGGAGAUCCCAGACCCUUAUAUCGACAUAUCUGUGUACUACAUACAAUCAUGUAAAAUAUGCAGCAGGUCGCUACACAAGUACAAGGGUUGGAUUUAUUAUUGCAGAAUCUGCAUAGAUUUUAAGGUCCACAUCACGUGUGCCUUCAACGAGCGACAAGGGUUGGUACAAUGCGGGUUCAAGAUGCACCUGAGAUGCGCGCAAGGGGGAGGCGUGAUUGAGGCUGAGGAUCAAAGGCGCAGCACCAUUCAUCAUCUAAGCCAUCCCGGCCAUGAAUUGAAGUUGUUGAGGAGAAGGUGUUCCUUCAAGUGCGAUGCUUGCUGCACCACACGCAAAGAGCCUUCCUCCUACAUAUGCACCAAUCAUGAUUGCCAGUAUUGGAUCCAUGAGAGUUGUGCUUCCUUGCCUCCAAGCUUCAAAAGGGAAGACCACCAUCACUCUCUCUCUUUAUCAUUUGAAAUCCCUUUUGAAUAUUUCAAUUUCAACUUCAAAUGUGAUGUGUGCAACACAUCUUUGCUACCCAAUUAUUGGAUAUAUCAUUGCCUAAUCUGCAGAUUUAUUGUCCAUGUCAAAUGCGCCUUCAACAAGCCGCCUCCUCGCAUCACUCUUAAUAUUGGGAGAGACAUAAUCCGUCUGCCUACAAAUGAGGUGGCUGAGGAGCUAAUUACACCUUUCGUGAUGAGAGAAAAAGGAGCCUUCACGCCUAAUGAUGAUGGCGAUGAGUUGGUGAAGGUGAAAUACUAUAAGUUCAUUCAUCACCAACAUCAACUCACUUUACUCUCAUCUGGCGAUCGAAGCCAACAACAAGAAGAAGAAGACGAGGAGAAUUAUGGAGUGAGAUCAGAAUUGAUAUGUGAUGCUUGCAUUACUCCUAUAUCUUCCUCAUCAUCAAACUACUAUAUGAGUUGCAGUGAAUGCAAAUACAAUCUUCACUUGGCAUGCUUUCAGUUGCCACCUCAACUCUCCUCACUUCCACUCCACCAACGUGAUGAUCACCAGCUUGUCCUCCGAUCUAGUGACAAACAUCAACCUUGGAAGUACCAAUAUUGCAGUGUGUGUGGGUAUCGUACGAAUGGGCUGUUUUACACUUGCACAGCGUGCAGAUUCAAAGUAGAUAUAAAGUGCGCUUGUAUGCCGGAUACCAUACUUCACGCAGCUCACCCGCAACAUCUCCUCAAUCAUGUGGCUUGGGUUGACCUGCGAGAAGAUAUCAAUUCAUCACGCUUGUCAUGUGCUGCUGGUUGUGGCGAAGACACAGACUAUUAUCAUUGUUACAGGUGUUGCAGCAGCAGCUCAUGUGAUUUCAUCGUGCACGUUAAAUGCGCUGUGUUGCCGGCAUCAGUCAUCAGCCGUAGAUGGGACAGGCAGCACCCGCUGCUGUUGACUUACGACGCCACUCUCAACCGUCCUGGCGAUUUCUACUGCGAUCAAUGUGAAACACAGAUGAAUCCCAGGAGAUGGAUGUAUCACUGCCGCAGUUGCGAUCUAUCCUUCCAUCCACAUUGCUUUCCAACUACAUCCGGAAGGUAUAGAAACUGCAAGAUGGGGCAGGAAUAUGAUGUGAAUGCAGAAACCCAUCCACACCCGCUCACCUUUCAACUUCUCACCACAAAACGCCGCUGCGACAUUUGUCGUUACAAUGAGAAUGAAAAUCAAGGAUUUUAUUGUGCAUUAUGCAACUUCUUCAUUUGUCUCUACAAUUGUGGUAAAAACAUGAUCCAAAAUGGUGACAUGAAGGCCGUUGAUUGAUUGAUUGAUUGAUUGAGAGGAAAUCAUCUGUUUCAGAUCAUUCGUUUAGUACUAUGUCUAGAAUGAUGAUGCGCAUAUAUAUAUGUUGUUUACCUCUUUUUUCCUAA